AUGGAGUUGGAACUGCUUAACUGCAGUAUCUGCCCAAAACAGCCUUCCUUCAGCGACACCUCACACUUACUUACCCACGUCAGUUCCAAAGGUCAUUUGUCACACCUGCACAAACUCCAAGUCAGAAGCCACCAAGAAAUUGCGGCCGGCGUGCAGUUGGCUACGUACAAUCAAUGGUACCAGCAACAUGCUCUCGGCCAGCUGCUCUCGGAGCGUAUGAUCAUGAAAGAGGCCAAGAAAGCGGGAAGGAGGAAAAACGCAGCCAGGAGAGGAGCAUACAUGACCCAGCAAAGUCCGAACGCGCAUGCGCCGCCGGAACAACCAUUGCCACAGAAGAAGACAGCCAAAGGCCGGAAACAAGGCCAGCGGAAACAGGCUCGAGGCAGGCAUGGCAGACAUGCACUUGACGAUGAGAGCGACCUCGAUUUCAGCCCUGUCAAGAGGUCAAGACCCAAACCACGUCAACCUACAAUCCUUUCUCCUGUCAGGCCCUCCAUAUCCUCCGAUGGCCAUCCUCCGUCCGAGGACGACGAGCGAGCCGGAGAUGGACCCGAUCUCCUUGUCACCCCAGAACACAGCAAGCUAAAGGGUACGGUCUGGCCAGGCAUGGAUUUGUUUGAUGCUGCCUCAGAUGAGAUGAAGCGGAAAAGAAAUCAGAAGAAAGACGGGUCUGUCUUAAGGCGAAUGGAACGUCUGUCUGCCCUCGUAGAACCAAGAGAAGUGGUAUACUCCCCUGGUGGACGCGUGAAGAAAGCGAGGCAUAUUGACGACCUCGAGGAUGCAAGCAGCCUGGUUGAUGGCGAAUCUCCCCCGCUCAAGAUGAAACAAGUCCGUUGCCGCAAGAGACAGCCACUUGCAGACAGAGACACCAAUGCACCUCGAUUGGUGAAGCGCAAGGCCAAAGGCAAUCCCGCAAAGAAGCAGACUGAACUACCAUUCAUGCAUGGACUGCCGCCUUUGCCAUACUUGCCCAGCUCUUCGACCGGGGAUUCAUAUGCCCUAGGUUCCCGCUUCCUUGGGACCGAGGAUGACGACGACGACGACGACUUCAAGCCCACCAUUGGCGAUCUGUCUUCUCGAAAGCGCCCAGCUCAUUUCACGAUCUUCAAUGAUGGAAGUCCUGGCUAUACUGCUGACACGUUCACGGAGGAAGGCCGAAAUCAAUUACAUGCUAGCCACCAAGCCUACUCGAGAAGUGCACGUCCCUCACUAGCUGUCGUUUCUGCCCCUUGGCUUCAACCACAGUAUCAGCCCGCCUGGCAAUAUACGAACCCCUAUCCACCAUUUCGACCUAGUCAUCGCGAGUAUCAAGGCGGCUACGAUACAAUGGAUGCCAAAGAGGAUAUCCCUUCAUUGCCCGAGCCGACUCCCGAGUUUCGGGGGCCAAGCACAAACCCACUAGCCUGGAAGUCUCCUGAUCGAGAUGUGACGGCCCCAGUCCUGCCAUCAGAAUCUCCUUUUAGCAGCUUCUUUGGUCUGUUUCCAGGUGGUAUGUCGUGCGACGACCCCUUUGUAUCGACCAAAAACCCCUUGACUGCGGCAUUGGAGCACCUUGGAGGCGAGACGAGAGGGUCCCCGAGAUCUCCAGCAGAUGCAUUGGCGAAUGAGGAUGGUGGUUCCGACCACCAUGCCAGAGCCCUGUCGGCCCCGGUCACAUGA